CGUUGACAGUUUUCGAUUGAUUAGAUUGUUCUGUCAACCUCUAAGUACUUGCUUUGUGUUUUUCUGUAUUAUUUCAAUAAAUUAAAUUAUGUAUAAUAAAAAGACAGUAAUUCAAUAAAGUUAACUCUCUGCUACGUUUGAUCUCCUCCACUAAACUUUCAUUGAACCUUCACAAUGGACGGCUCUUCUGCAAAGAAAUCUACUUCAUUCGAGACUUUGGUCAUUCAAAACAUUACCAACAUCAACGAAUUAAAAGCAAAACUGAACGAUAUUAUCAAAACCGGGAAAGAUUACGAAUAUGACGUUUCUUCCUGCAUAAAAUCUUUAGUAAAUAGCAGUGAUAUUGAUAUAGUAUUGCUGAGCAUACAAGCUAUCUCUGAGCUUGUAAAAUGUGAAGAAAAACGGGAGACUUAUGCUAAUGAGGACAUAAUUAGCCCCAUUCUAAACAUAUUAAAGAAGGAUACUACUUCUGAUAAUGUUGAGCUGGUUAAACAAUGCUGCAGAGCUCUCGGCAACUUGUGUUGUGAUUGUGACACAGCUAGACAAACCAUUAUCAAACUAGAAGGGGUCCCAGUCCUCAUAAAACUUCUCCAGAGAAGCAUAAACAUGAAGUUGAAUGAGAUUCAAUUACUCACAAGCAAGUCUCUGCUAAACUUUGCUAUAGGAGGGUCAGAGUUCUCAGAUGCAAUUGUCCAAGGAGGUUUAAUAGAUGUGAUUCAAACUAUAUUGUCUAUGGAACUCAAGAAAGAAGAUUUUGAUGAUGAGACCGUAUCAACUUGUCUAUUAAUAUUGAGUGUUAUAAAUGAUAAUACACCUGAGUUUCUAUAUAAUGAUACUGUCAAUAAAACUGUUUUGAAGGUGCUCAAAGAUACAUCUAAUGUUGAGAUAUCAGAGUUGUGUCUAGAUCAUUUACAUGCACAGGCUGAACAUGAUACAGUAAAGACCUUGUUAGCCAAUGAAGGAGGGGUCCAACUUGUCUGUUCUCGUUUAGAACAGUUGGUUAAUAGAUACAACUCUGGAGAGCUGAAUGCAGAUGACACUGAAGUGGAAGCCAUCAUGAAACAGGCCUGUGAUCUGGUCAUCAUGAUCCUAACUGGGGAUGAAGCAAUGCACAUCCUGUAUAACAAUGGUGUUGGGGAGGUGUAUGUGACCAUGGUGAAGUGGUUGAACUCUCCCAAUUACCAUCUAUUGACCACCGCAGUACUGGCAAUAGGGAACUUUGCCAGGCAAGAUGAUUACUGCAUUCAGAUGAUGCAAGACAAGAUCUUUGAUAAGCUACUUGACAUAUUCGAGAUCUACCACAGUUUCGCCGUUAAAAUGCAAAAGGAACCAGAUGCGAUGCACCUUAUUGACUCAGUGACAGUGACUAAAAUCCAACACGCGGUGCUUUCGGCUCUUCGCAACUUGACGGUCCCAGUGGCUAAUAAGAGAAUGGCGGCGGCCCAGGGUAGGGCUGCCCCGAUAUUGUUGAAUGCAUUGCCAAGGGUUGAAGACCAUCACGUCGCUUAUAAAUUGUUAGCAGCGAUUCGGAUGCUGGUGGAUGGUCAAGAGAGCGUGGCGCGGCAGCUGGCGCAGCACGCGGCGGCGCUGGCGGCGGCGGCGCGCUGGGGGCACGCGCCGCAGUUCGCGGGCGCGGCGGGCGAGGCGCCGCGCCUGCUGGCCUGGGCCGCGCGCCAGCUGCGGGACCAGCCGCACUGGGGGCAGCUCGUGCAGGUUGACGGCUGCAUAUCAAGUCUAGUGAACAUGCUGGUCGCGUCUCACGCUCUCAUGCAGAAUGAAGCUAUCCUCGCCCUUACCCUACUCGCAAUAGAAUCGCUCAAGAAACUAUCGCCCGACGCCCAAACCGACUUCGACUACGAAAAGAACUUUAUCGCCCAGUUAAUAAAGUCGGAAAUCGGUAAGCACGUAACAAUAUUAAUAGACACCAAUUGUGCCAAAAUGCCAGUCGAGGUAGCUGAGAAUUUACUCGCAUUUUUGGAUAUAACAUCUAAACACAAUAAGGUUGCGUUUGAUUACAAGGAAGCAAAGGUUCAUGAAAGUUUGAAGAAGUUUUCUGAAUCUAGAAACGAUCUGAGUGACGACUUGAAGGCUUGUAUCGGUGGGAUAAUGUCUGCAAUAUCGCAAAACGGAAAUGGUGAUUAAUAAUUGAAAUUAUUUUUAAUUAUUCCAAUUAUUUACCAGUUCCUUUUUUGUUUUUUUUUUUUUUUUUCAAUUAAAACCAUUAGGCAAAGUAAUAACAUGAAAAAUGUUUUGAGAUGUAUGGGGAACUGGCUCGAAUUGUUUAGCAAUCCUUACAUAUAUUUUUCAACAAUUCUUAUCAAUUAUUAUUUGAAAUUUAUUUACAAGUAAGGGUCUGCGGUCAAACAUGUGUUCAACAAAUUCAGUAGCAGAAAAUGUACCUGCAAAAAAAUAAUAGCUAAAAGUAUAUUUAGUUACAUGGUUUCGUCAAAAAGGCUCCAUUUGGCCAAAAUUAUAAGGGUAAAGCAAAAACAUUAAUUACGAAGGACAAUCUAUACUUUGACCGCAGCCUUAUAAAAAAAGGUCGUCGUUUGGAGACUUUAUAAUUUUUGAGCAAUUAUUUAAUCAAUUCUUAGUAUAUUGCAUGUGUGAUAAUCAUGAUAAAAUUAUAUUUAAGUUAAAAAUUGUUAUUGACGCUAGUUUUAUUUUAAUAAUAUUCUUGAUUAAUUUAGGUGAUGUUUUUAAUAAGUUGACGUUACUUAUUACUAGAAAUGAAAUAUUUAUAGAGCUUGGCUUAAGUGUUACCCAUGAAUAUUAAUAUUGACCAGGUAUUUGGUUAAUAACCAAUCACUGUGAGAUACUGAAUUAUCCAUUUACAUGGGUUUGUUGAGGUCAGAUAGUCAUCCUAUAGAUAUAGAAAUAGCUGGCUGAUAAUAUUGAGUAAUAGAUGAAAUGAACAUUCUAAAAAUCAAGUCAACUAUUACAAGUAAAGGCAUCACCUAAAUAGUUAGUAAUUUUAAAUACUUUAAGCUUUUUUAUCUCUCUCUAGUCAUAGUUUUAACUCUCUAUUUCGGUAAACGCUAGAUUUUUGUGCAUUUAAACAUUACUGUGUAACGUUUAAGCGUAUUUUCUUAUAUAAAACAAUUAUUUUUGCGAUUUCCUCGAAUUUUUACAUUCCAAACUUUUGAACUCUGCCUUUUUAUACUGUCAAUGUUAUUGAUUUAAUCUAUGAUAGCUUGCUUGUAGACUUGGUUGGAAAGUUAUUAAGCUAAAAUAUAUUCAAAGAAAACAACUAAAUAUAAAUACUUGAACUUGGCUUGAUACGCUACCGCGCGUCUAGUUUCCUUAUAACCAUUUUUGUGGUCCAAAAUUUUUGUUCUUCUGGGUGACCUUCUGAUCGGAUUUCAGAUUAUUUGAAUGCUUGUAAAAGUUCCGCGAGAGAAACAUUAAAGUUAACAAUAAACUAAAACGAGUUAUGCCCAACUGGAGGCCGUAACAUGUAACAGGAUUCACAAUACUACCAACACUUAAACGCUUACUGCUUUCUGACCAAGUCGAAAUUUACGGUUGUAUUAAACUAAUCACAUACAAAACAUAGCAAUACUGAUGAAAUACUCAAAGUACAAUGUAGUUUCACAUAGUGAAUUAUACUGUAUAUUAUAUAAAAAUAUUUCAAUUUUAAAUAUUUAGUCUGCAAGUAUUGCUUAAUAUACAUUAUAGAAAUUAGCGAGGGCAUGUCUCUAGAUGUUUAAAAAUUGUUCCUAUGACGCAAAAUGAUUCCUUUUAAUCACGAGUCAUGAAUUUAAAUCACUUUUUAGAAUUAUUGUUUUAUUUAAUAAAAGUUUUUGUACGAAAAUAUACAAUAAUAUUAUUUCUUCUCAAACAAAAUCGAUUUUCCCUAUCUGUUAUUACCAGCUACUUAAUCAUUUUGUAACUUAGGCGCCAGAAAAAUUGGCUUUUAUAAAAGCUAUUCGACUCUGUGAGCUUUGGUGGGCCUACAAUCACUUUGUAAAGUAACAAAGUUUUAGUUGCUAGACAAGGACGCCAUUCUACUGAGUAGAGUGCCGUCUUAUUUUCGCAAAGUAAAACUUUUGAAGAGGGUGGUAGGCCGCCAGCUCAUUAUGUAACACUACUUAACACUAGUCAAAUUCAUUUGUCAAUAGCUACCUGCUGUUAUUUCACUUAAGACACACUUUAUCAUACAUUUGAGAAAUUCAAAUUAUUUAAUAAAGAAAAUGAUAAAAUCUGUCCCCUAAAAAGCGCUAGAGGCAUGUUACCUUAAAACCUAUUCACUAUUAUUAUAAGAUUUUUGAUAAUCCGAUAGUGCACUUAUUGAAUAGUUUGAAUUGACGCUUGACUUGUGAAAGUGUACAAUUAGAUACCUUAGAAUGUUUAGUACUACGCUAAAUGUGUGUGUUCACUAAUGUAUUAGUUUUCAUUUUGUAUUUUUGUCAAUUCUAUGUAAAACGUCUGUUUUAUAGCCAGAUAGAGAUCUUUUUUGUCAUUAUUUUUUAGGAUUUCUAUUUCAUAUUAAAUAGUUUUGUUACCUUUAUAUACUGUGCUAAUAUUGAUAUGUAUACCUAUACAUUUUUGUAUUAUUUGUUAAUAUCGACAUUAUCUUAAUUUAAGAUUAAUAUUUUUAGUAAAUGAUUAGAUUUUAAUUAACUUAAUUUUUAGGUCAAUUUUCUAAAUAGUUCAAUUAUUGUCAAAUCAUGUUUUUAGAGAUAAGCUGUAAUAUUUUUUUUUUGUGGUAUGAAUUUGAAAAGAUCUAUGUAUCACCAUUUUACAAAUAUGUAUAUGUAUACAAAAAUGUACUUAUUAUUAAAACGAAUACUUUACCUUAUCUGGCAACACUACUUCAGUUUUUAUGGGCUACGCCAUAACUGCCAUAGACUAGGACAUAACCGCUUUAACUUUUCAAGCCUCUGUCGGUUGAGGCCUAUUUUAUUACCUUGCGACUGUGAGCAAUGGGUUGUUUGUAAUAGGAAUACAACAAAUACCUUAAUUUUAUAUAAAAGUGUUGAUUUCUAAGUUUUCUACUGAAACACACGCCAUAUUCAGUGUGAUAUGAAGUAGUUCGGUAAUUGAUUGUACCUACUUAGUUCGGCCAGAAAAUUCUUAAAAAAUCUUAUUGCAAUACUUUUUUUUUUUUCAAUUAAUACCGUCUUGCAAAGUAGGUAUUGUUGAACUGGCAAAUGUGUACCUUUAAAUUGAGUGUAGGCAUACACAUUUAUCCUCAAAUGUCCAAGUUAGUCAUAUUAACCAGACUUGCCACUAUUUGCAAGGUAGAUCAAAAAUUUGCGAUGAUAAAUAAAGCGAUGCCAUCGCUCAUUACGGUUGGUAUCACAGAUUUUUGGUAGACUAUCAACUCAAAAUCCCAUAUUCGCAGUAUUACAAUGUUGGCACAGUCAAAACAAAGGCCCUGUAGCUCCAACAACCGCACCAUCUAGUGUUUGCUGCAGCUUUUGUUGCUGUUUUCGAAGGAAUUUGAAACCAAGGCCUAAAUGCCUAUUCAUGGAACAUGUUGAUUUAAAUUUCUGGUCGAUUUUAAAUCUUAGCAUAUUGAGCUUGAUAGUUUAUUAGUGUUAAACAUUAAUCUUGUUGAUGCACUUUUAUUGAUAUAGUUUUAUGGACCAAUAUUAUUAAUGAUUGUUAUCAGUAUGUUAUCAUCGAGAUUUUCGUCUCGUUUAGUUUUUUAAUUCUUCUGCAUGUGUCAAAGGUAAAAUAAGUUUUUAUGAAUCAAUUAUUGUAUUUUGUACUUUGGUAGUAUGGAUUUCUUUAUUUACUAACAUUUUAAUCAGAACUUAAGUAUUUAUUGUUUCGGUAAUUGUUGUAUUUAGUGGUUUUGUCUUGAUGAUAAACAUAGUGAAUAACAAAAUGCAUUGUUAUAGAUAUUAAUAGAUUUUCGCUAAAAUACAUUAUAUUCUACAUGUA